AUGGAAGCAGAUCCGCGAAUGUGGCGACAAGCUGUUUUGGUGCUUUCGGUGUUUUUGCUACUGGGAAGAGAGAACAAAAUAAAAAUAAAAGGUCUCAUUGAGCUGAAUAUCUUUGUGAGAAGAGAGUUGUUGAUUGAUGAUGACUUCAGCCAAUUUGGAGGCCCACAUAUGCGCCUGUGUCGAAAUGUGUUUGUCUGA